GACUCAUAGAUGUUUUGCUGCGGGUCAAAUCAGCCAGGGACGAAUGUUGUUCAUUUAAAUAAUUUCUCCUGUUAUUUGUGUUCAGUUUUGUGAUCAGUGAUAUCCGUUAACUGGAUAUCAAUCCCGGCCCAACCGCAGUUUGUGCAGGUACCGAUCCUGUGAUGGCCUCCAGGCGGCCGGACAGCUUCGACGGGCUCGGCUACCGCGGCCGCGACGACCCGCUGUACGGAGUCAGUUACCCGGUCAGAAGCGCCGGGGGGCCCGCGGAGCUUCAGCACCACCACUGGGUCACCACGCCACCGGACAUUCCCGGUAGCCGCAACCUGCACCACGGAGAGCGUACUCCUCAGUAUGACGAGUCGCUGGAUCCCGGCGGUCCUGGAGCCGCAGGCGGCUGGGAUGUUCCACAGCCGGCCGUCCCGCCUGCUGAGCAGCUGAAUCGAUUUGCAGGUUUUGGAAUCGGGCUGGUCAGUCUAUUCACUGAGAACGUCCUCGCUCAUCCCUGCAUCGUCUUCCGCCGACAGUGUCAGGUGAACUACCACGCCCGAUGUUACCACCUGACCCCAUUCAGCGCUGUCGCUGUCAUGUACACCAUCACCAAGGCUCAGGGCGUGAAGGCUCUGUGGAAGGGGAUGGGCAGUACCUUCAUCGUUCAUGGCAUCACGCUGGGAGCUGAGGGCGUCAUCAGCGAGUUCACACCAUUGCCACGGGAGCUUCCUCACAGGUGGACGUGGAAACAGCUGGCUGGACAUUUACUGCUGAAAGGGUUAACAGCUGUGGUGGCUCUUCCCUUUUACUGCGCCAGCCUCAUCGAGACUGUCCAGAGUGAGAUUGUCCGUGACGACUCGUCCUCCGGUUUGCUCGACUGUGUCCGUGAAGGUUUGACUCGGUUGUUGGGUGUCGGGGCUCCUCACAGUCGUCGUCUGCUUCCUCUCAGCUCUCUGCUGCUUCCUGCCGCUUCGCACGCUGUCCUGCGGUACGCCAUCGCCACCUCCGUCCAGCGAGUAGCACUGUGGCUGCACCAGUGGGGCAGGAAGCAGCGGGCGGACUCCAACAACCCUCUGGACACCUACUUCCCCGAGCUGGCGGCGGCGUGGGCGGGAUCUCUGGUGGCCGACAUCGUGCUGUUUCCUCUGGAGACGGCGCUGCACCGCCUCGGCCUACAGGGUACACGCACCAUCAUCGACGCCACUGACGGUGUGGUUGCUGUGGGAAAUGGCGGCAGCCCCCUGGUCCUUCCCGUCAACACGCAGUAUGACGGGUUCUCCGACUGCCUCCACGCCAUCCGCCGCAAGGAGGGUGUGGCCGGGUUUUAUCGUGGCUUCGGGGCGUUGACGGCGCAAUACGCGUUGCACGGAGCGCUACUGGCCGCAGCCAGGACUCUGCUGAGGCUGCUGCUGCUGGAACGAGGGGCCAGCUAGAGGUUGUGUUACCAUAGAGACCACACAGCAUCACUUCCUGUACAGUGGUCACAUCAGUUCACCCCUACUGUGUACGACAGAUUAAUGCCGCACCUGACGACGUUUUCUCUCUGACCAAAACAUGAAGUGAUGUCAGGAAUGAGACACACACACACACACACACACACACACACACACACAUACACAUGAAUGAUAUGUUGAGCUCAGAAAACACCAUAACAACCACCAGGAAGUGUCAGGCGCUUCACCUCCUUUCAGCUGACUUCGGUGGUCACAGUGUAAACACUUCAGUCAUGUUUAGCUUAGCUUAGCACAGACUGGGAGGUAAACUGUUAGCCUGUUAGCCAGAGCUGCGUUCUGACGGUCUGUUGGCUCAGGUUUCUUUCUACUCAGCUGAGUGUGAAUGAACAUCUGAGCGCCGUCACCUGACUUCAGCACGUUUUCUGUCGACGACCGUGAAACGCAUUCAGGAACAAAAACAACUCGACUGCAGCCCAGGUCUGAUUUAUUUUGAAAGUUUGUGUCACUUCCUGAUGUCACUCUCUGCCAAACAAUAAUGUUGUGAUGGUCGUGUGUAACCAUGGAAGCGUAGUGUAACUUCCUGCUCCAGCAUGAACUCAUGAUUCUGUGGUAGAAAUAAUAUUCUGUUUGUGUUGAAAUACUGAAAGCUGAUUGGUCGCCUGCAGCUGCAGGUGUGUGUCGAUACUCAAGAACACCUACAGAGAGAACUUGGUGAGCCAACAAAAACUACUUUUUAUUUGUAUAAAGUUGUAAAAAUAUGAGUUCUGUGUAUUCAAAGAAAUGAAGAUUAAGAUUAAAUUAUAUGUGAUUAAUAAAUAUUUAAAUUAAAUCAGUGAAGAAUAAAUUAAUCAGAGACUGCACAUUUGGAAAUAAAAGCCAAAAUGUUUCAAGUCUGAAAAAAUGAAAUCUUGAAAUAACAGAUGUUCACAUCAGUCUGUAUUUAUUCUGAUUUUGUUGUAAUGUUGAAGCUUUGCAAAAUAAAGAUUUUCUUCUGAAACAAGGAA